AUGAGCGACCUAGACAAGGCCAUUGCGCAACUGCGCUCCUGUCGCCCUAUUCCCGAGCACCAAGUGCGAGAGCUCUGCUAUAAAGCUCGAGAAAUUUUAAUUGAAGAGGGGAAUGUCGUUUCAGUUGAUGCACCCGUCACCAUCUGUGGAGACAUCCAUGGCCAAUUCCACGAUCUGAUGGAACUGUUCCGGGUUGGAGGUGACGUGCCUGAGACUAACUACCUCUUCAUGGGCGACUUUGUCGACCGUGGCUUCUACUCCCUCGAAUCCUUCCUCCUCCUCCUCUGUCUCAAGGUUCGAUACCCAGACCGCAUGACGCUCAUCCGGGGCAACCAUGAAUCAAGACAGAUCACGACCGUUUACGGCUUUUAUGACGAAUGUAUUAGAAAAUAUGGCAACGCCAACGUUUGGCGGUACUGUUGUGAAGUAUUUGAUUAUUUAGCGUUGGGUGCCUUGGUUUUGGGAGCAAGCACAGAUUUAUCACCUUCGGGCCCUGUAGUGACGCAGGCAGGCCUUGGAGGUGAACAACAAGACACUCAGUCCUCUACUUCUGCUGUAGAUGAUGGCGACGAGCUAGAAACUGAAGUGUUGAAUUCAAAGGGCGAAGUCACGCACGCCUCUUACCGAAGAAGAAACCGAGGGUCUAACGAAAUUGCACAUGAUAUUCGAGACGUCUCACCGCCAAGAGACAUAUCAUCUAUACCCAGCAGUACACCUGUUCGAACUGGCCCUGCCGGGACCGGUGCUACUGGAGACAGCAUGGGUAGUAUAUCGAGCAAUACUGGGGCAGUUCUAUGUGUCCACGGUGGUCUCUCGCCCUUGGUAGAUAGUGUCGAUAAAAUCAGGCUCAUCGACCGGAAGCAAGAAGUGCCCCAUGAAGGUGCCAUGUGUGAUCUCCUCUGGUCUGACCCUGACGAGAUUGAAGGUUGGGGCCUAAGCCCGCGCGGAGCAGGCUUUUUAUUCGGUGCAGAUAUCGUGAAACACUUUAGCUAUAAGAAUGAUCUAUCGCUCAUCGCGCGUGCUCACCAGCUCGUCAUGGAAGGGUUUAAAGAAAUGUUUGACGGAGGCAUCGUUACCGUUUGGUCGGCCCCGAAUUAUUGCUAUAGGUGUGGAAAUGUGGCUGCUAUACUUGAGCUGGACGAAGAUGCGAGUAAUGGGGGUACUAUUGCUAGGAGUAACGGGGACUAUGGACGUAACUCCGGUGGAAGAGCUGGAAUGCUUGAUGUGACAAGAGUGCCCGGCCCAGGGAGACGGUAUCGGGUAUUUGAUGCCGCUCCCCAGGAUACCCGUGGAAUGCCUGCUAAGAAACCUGUGGCUGAUUACUUCUUGCAUGGAUAUUGCCUCUUUUCUAGCGUCAACUAUCUAAACUAG